UUCUUAACCACAAUAAUGAAAUGUGGAAGUGAUUCUCACGGCACUAUCUACAACACCACAACAACGACUUGUGGUGCCCGCAGGAAGCAGCCCCUCAGAACUCGCCUGGCUGCCGUGAAGUACAAAAGUGCUUUCUUACCUCCACCCAUCAGUUCCCAAGCACACUCAAUACCACACUCACCGCCACGCCGUCCCUGCCCAUAUGAGGUGAGAACUUUGGAACUCUGUACAUAUCUACGAGAGAGUUACCUCGUCUGGCUCGCCCGUCAGUCAAGAUGCUCCGCCGAGAGCAACAUGCGGGUCUCCCUGUAUGUGAUAGCAGUGUUGGGAGCAGCAGGCGUGCUGGCCAUACGCGUGGGCGCUACACGAGAAUAUGUAAGCCCAGACACCAGCCCACCAGAACAUGCCACUGACAUAAAGCUACACCCCAUAAGCUACUCUAUCAGACCCGCGGACUGUGCAGACCUCCUGUUGGCCGGGGCCACAGUUAGCGGCGUGUACGAGAUCUACCCCUUCAUGUGCACGUGUGGAAAGCCGGUGCGGGUAUGGUGCGAUAUGGAGACAGACGGCGGCGGCUGGACUGUGUUCCUAAACCGCCAGCAUCAGGAGGUCCAGCUAGACUUCAACCGUACUUGGGACGAUUACAAGGCAGGCUUCGGCAACCCUAACUCCGAGUACUACUUGGGCAAUGAUGUGCUGCACCAGAUGACGAAUAGCCGUUUUUAUGGCAUCCGUCUGGACAUGGCCUUACCCUCGGGGGGUCACGACUUCGCCACCCACCAGUAUUUCAAGAUAGAUUCUGAGGAAAACAGAUAUUUGGCAUCCUUGACUGGCACCAAACUGGAAGGCACCAGCAGUACAAAUUGUCUAGCCCAGAUGAAUAACAGGGCCUUCACCUCACUGGACAGGGACCACGACAGCUCUAGCAAUAACUGUGCAGUUCUUAAAGGAGGGGCAUGGUGGUACUACAGCUGUGGGUACCUCAACCCCACUAGCCCAUUUAACAUGACCCUCAUGCUGACCUGCAGUGGCCCCGUUAGAGCCGUAACUCACCUCCAGGUCAAGAUCCGGCCAUCCACCUGUGACGCCUCCUUCAAGAGCAUCCACCUGAAGGACAUGGGCUGUGGCUGUGGUGCUCAGGCACUCUAACACUUUCACUACUUGACUUGGCCACCACAUGACGACCAGGAUAUUUCCCCCUUUUUGCUGCUCUUGAGUCUCGUUCAGAAACGAUCAAGGCUCUCAUCAAGAUUAUUUCUGAAAGCCACAUACAUGAGCCUGUUAAAAAUAUUAAAGAUAGGACGCCAGAACGUUUGAAAAUAUGGACCAUGAUGAGAACAGGUGUAGACUUUGUAUGUUCUCGUCUUCAAUAUUAAAGCCCUUGAUACUGGAGUCUUACUAAACACCUAAAAAGAGCUUAAUGACUUUGUUUAUUCUGCACAUGUUUUAUGAGAUAUUUCCAAGAAUGAAGACGAGACAGUAAAAAAGUCACAUCGUGUAUUAAUGAACAAACUAGCUUCCACAUCUCGAACCACCUACACUGUCACCUCAAGAAACACGCUUUUUAACAUACAUUAGUUAUCAUUACAAGGUUUAUUGGCAUUUAUUGUCUCGACACAGUUGUCCUAUAUUGCUGACUAAUAAAGGUAUGAAGAAUUUU